GCCUCCACAAGCGGGGUAUUUUGGCUUCAUUUUUGCACAAUGUUUCCCAGCAUGCCUCAGGGGUGGAGGUGUAUGAGGGGGGUGGAGUCUGUCCUGCUGCCCUGUCAGGUACCAGCUGAUGUUUCCAGGAGCUCCACAUCAGCAGUGUGGGACUGUGAGGAGUUCAGGAACCCAACAGUUCACCUGCGUCUACAGAGCAAUGACGAUCUUAGUGGUCAAAACGAUCGUUACACCAACCGAACAUCAAUGUUCACCGACGCUCUGCAGACUGGAGACCUCAGCCUCACUCUGAGGAACCCCACAGUCUCUGACAGUGGAACCUACUGCUGUAUCGCCCUCAGGUUUGGAGACAGGCUGAGCCAGACUGAAGUACAGCUGAAGGUCUCAGAACCUCCUCCAGUGUGGCCCAAAGUCCUCUCAGCUGUGCUGGUUACUCUGAUCAUCCUGGCUGCUGCCUUUGGUCUGUUUGUGUGCCGUGCAUAUGUAAGGAUGAAGAAGAGGAGUGAAGCUCUGCAACAAGAGGUGGUGGAGGCACCACAGGGGGAGGAGUCUGUCCUUCUACCCUUUAAACCCACAGCUGACCUUCCUCAGGACGUCACAGUGGAGUGGACACACAACAACAUGAAGGUCCACGUGUAUGAGAGUGGAAACAAUCAGCCAGAUAAACAGGACCAGAGUUACAGAGGUCGCACAGAGAUGAAGGAAGAUCCACUGAGAACUAAAGACCUCAGUCUGACCCUGAAACACCUCCACCUCACUGACAGUGGAGUCUACACCUGCACCGUCUACAAGGAUGGAGACAUGCUGACACAGAAAGUAGUGACUCUCAGUGUCAGAGCAACCCUGAUGGGCACCAUGGCUGAGAUGCUUCCACAUUGUCUGUGUUACAGGCAGUGGAGUGUACAGCGAGCACAGUCUGACCAGGAACACAGGAACAGGAACCAUGAAGACGUUCCUCUGAUGGAUCUCCACAGAGUGUCCUGACUCUGUGUCACAUGUUAGCUCCAUGUGGCUCAAAGGUCAAAGCUGCUGACUGUCAGGAAGCUUCAGACAAACAUCAUGAAACACCCCCUCUCCAAUCAGAGCAGGAAGGACCCAUGAUGGAGGCCCUGAGGCCACACCCACACUUCCUGUCAGUGCCUGUGAUUGACAGCUGCCUCCAUCAGUAUCGUAUAUAUCCAUAUAAAUCACCCUGAGGUCACUGAUGUUGUGAUGUUGGUGCUGUAUGAACCACAUUAAAUGUUUUUACAUAUUAA